AUGGUUAUGCCUUACUCUUUGCCUCCUUUGUUCUUUAUUAUGAUGCUGCUCGUAGAAGUCAUUGCAGGUGGCAUUGACCCAAACUGGUAUGAUGCUCAUGCAACUUUCUAUGGUGAUGCAGCCGGUGGUGAAACCAUGCAGGGGGCUUGUGGUUAUGGAGAUCUCUUCAAACAAGGAUAUGGUCUUGCAACUACAGCACUAAGCACUGCUCUAUUCAACAAUGGACUUACUUGCGGUGCUUGUUUUCAAAUAAUGUGUGUAAACGAUCCUCAAUGGUGCAUAAAAGGUGCAACUCCAAUCACAGUGACCGCAACAAAUUAUUGUCCUCCUAAUUAUUCCAAAACCGUUGACAUUUGGUGUAACCCUCCACAAAAACACUUUGAUUUGAGUUAUAAAAUGUUCACAUCUAUAGCCGGGGAAAAAGCUGGCAUCAUCCCUGUUAAAUAUCGACGUGUUCCAUGUGUCAAAACUGGGGGUGUUAGGUUUGAACUCAAAGGAAACCCUUAUUUUUUGAUUGUUUUGGUGUACAAUGUUGGUAAUGCUGGUGAUGUUUCUCACAUGAGUAUUAGAGGAUCUAAGACUGGUUUGCUUACCAUGACACAUAAUUCGGGACAAACUUGGCAUAUCAAUCAGAAUUUGGUUGGGCAAAGCUUGUCAUUUCUUGUUACUACAAGUGAUGGAAAAGCUUUGGAGUUUAGUUUUGUUGCUCCUUCCAAUUGGCAAUUUGGACAGACUUAUGAGAGCAAGCAAAAUUUUUAG